GUGCAACACUGUCAACUAGCUUAGUUGACCGGCGAAAUUUAUCCUCCAGCAGCAACUUUUACGUAAAAGUUUUUUAAAAGAAGUCUUAAUAUGUCGCGUGCAUUACAACGUUUGUUUUUGGGCAACUGCAGGCGUUGGACGCAAUCAAGCAGCCGAACUCAUUUGCAAUCACAGACAUUUGCACAAAAGCUGCAACAUCAACGUAACUUGGCAGCAGCAGCAGGAAAAGAUCCCACAAAAGGAAAGGGACCAAUAUCAUGGAAGAGUUUGGCUGUAAUUGGCGUUAUGGGCGCUGGAGGACUGGGAUUUAUGAUGUAUGUGAAGAGUGAGAAAGAUGAGGCUCUUUUAAAAGAACGCAAGCGUCAGUUGGGCAAGGCAGCCAUUGGCGGACGCUGGGAUUUAGUGGAUGCUGAAGGUCAGAUCCGAAAGUCUGAAGAGUUUUUGGGAAAAUGGCUCCUCAUAUAUUUUGGCUUUACUCAUUGUCCCGACAUUUGUCCAGACGAAUUGGAAAAGAUGGCAUUAGUUGUCGACGAAGUUGAAAAAUCACCACAGACGCCAGCUGUUCAGCCUAUAUUUAUAACCGUCGAUCCGGAGCGCGACUCAAAGGAGGUGGUGGGAAAAUACGUUAAGGAGUUCUCGCCAAAACUGCUUGGACUGACGGGCACCGUGGACCAGAUUCGUAAAGUGUGCAAAGCAUUUCGAGUAUACUUCAGCGCUGGACCGCGCGAUGAGGACAAUGAUUAUAUAGUCGAUCACACAAUUAUCAUGUAUCUAGUGAAUCCCGAUGGUGAAUUUGUUGACUAUUACGGUCAAAGUCGAGACAAGGAUCAGUGUGUGGCUUCAAUUUUGGUCAACAUUGCAAAGUGGAAUUCGUUGAACAAAAAGGGCUGGUUUUCUUAAGAUUCUUCUUCUGGUUAUUUCU